UCCCUCACAUAUCACCUCCCACUUCCCAGGCGGCAGGGUCAGCAUGCUCUGGGCAAAGCCAAAGGCGGUGGUGCUCCUGGGAGCUCUACUGACUGCAUCCCUGGAUCCAGCGGGCGGCCAGGACUCACCUGCACUGUCCUGGGAAGUGCAGCGCUAUGACGGCUGGUUCAACAACCUGAGGCAUCACGAGCUCGGCGCAGCUGGCUUCAGACUGCAGCGUCUGGUACCAGCCAAUUACGCGGAUGGUGUUUAUCAGGCUCUGGGGGAGCCGCUGCUGCCCAACCCGCGCCGACUCAGCGACGCCGCCAUGCGGGGCACAGCCGGGCAGGCCUCCCGCCGCAACCGCACGGUGCUGGGGGUCUUCUUUGGCUACCACGUGCUGUCCGACCUGGUGAGCGUGGAGACACCUGGCUGCCCAGCCGAGUUCCUCAACAUCCACAUCCCGCCCGGGGACCCGGUGUUCGACCCCGACCAGCGCGGGGACGUGGUCCUACCCUUCCAGAGGAGCCGCUGGGACCCCGAGACCGGACAGAGCCCCAGUAACCCCCGGGACCUGACCAACGAGGUGACGGGCUGGCUGGACGGCAGCGCCAUCUAUGGCUCCUCGCACUCCUGGAGCGACGCGCUGCGGAGCUUCUCCGGGGGGCAGCUGGCGUCGGGGCCCGACCCCGCCUUCCCCCGCAACGCGCAAAGCCCCCUGCUCAUGUGGACGCCGCCCGACCCCGCCACCGGACAGCGCGGGCCCCGGGGGCUGUAUGCCUUCGGGGCGGAGCGAGGGAACCGCGACCCCUUCCUGCAGGCGCUGGGCCUGCUGUGGUUCCGCUACCACAACGUGUGGGCGCAGCGGCUGGCCCGCGAGCACCCGCGGUGGGGGGACGAGGAGCUGUUUCAGCACGCGCGCAAGAGGGUCAUCGCCACCUACCAGAACAUCGCUCUGUAUGAGUGGCUGCCCAGCUUCCUGCAGACAACACCCCCAGAAUAUACAGGGUACCGUUCUUUCUUGGACCCCAGCAUCUCCCCAGAGUUCCUGGCAGCCUCUGAGCAGUUCUUCUCCACCAUGGUGCCUCCUGGCGUCUACAUGAGAAAUGCCAGCUGUCAUUUCCAGAUGGUCCUGAACCAGGGUCUUGGCAGCUCCCCAGCUCUCAGAGUCUGCAACAGCUACUGGAUUCGGGAGAACACCAAUCUGAACAGUGCCCAGGCGGUGAAUCACCUGCUGCUGGGAAUGGCCUCCCAGAUUUCAGAGAUGGAAGACAGGAUAGUGGUUGAAGAUCUGAGGGAUUAUUGGCCUGGCCCUGGCAAGUUCUCCCGCACAGACUACGUGGCCAGCAGCAUCCAACGUGGCCGAGAUAUGGGGUUGCCCAGCUAUACCCAAGCCCUGAAGGCUUUGGGGUUGGAAACCCCAAAGAACUGGAGUGACAUCAAUCCCAAUGUGGACCCCCAGGUGCUGGAGGCCACAGCUGCCCUGUACAACCAGGACCUUUCCCUGCUGGAGCUGCUCCCUGGGGGGUUCUUGGAGAGCCACGGGGACCCAGGGACCCUCUUCAAUGCCAUCGUCCUCGACCAGUUUGUGCGGCUGCGGGAUGGUGACCGCUACUGGUUUGAGAACACCAGGAAUGGGCUGUUCUCCAGAGAGGAAAUUGCAGAAAUCAGAAACACCACUCUUUGGGACGUCCUAGUGGCUGUUACCAAUGUGAACGCCAGUGCCCUGCAGCCCAAUGUCUUUAUCUGGCAUGACGGUGCACCCUGCCCUCAGCCUCGGCAGCUCACAACUGAAGGCUUGCCCCGCUGUGUGCCCCUGACGGUGAUUGACUACUUCGAGGGCAGUGGUCCUGGUUUUGGCAUCACCAUUGUGGCUCUCUGCUGUCUUCCGUUAGUGAGUCUGCUUAUCUCUGGGGUCGUGGCCCAUUUCCGGGGCCGAGAGCGCAAGAGACUACAGAAGAAAGGCAAAGAGAGUGUGAAGAGAGAAGCAGCCAAAGAUGGGGUGUCAGCAAUGGAGUGGCCAGGCCCCAGGGAGAAGAGCUAUCCCAUCACCAUCCAGCUGCUCCCAGACCGACGUCUACAGGUCCUAGACAGGCGGCUGUCUGUGCUCCGCACUGUCCAGCUGCAGCCCACACAGAAGGUCAACCUCAUCCUGUCCAGCAACCGCGGGCGCCACACCCUUCUGCUCAAGAUCCCCAAGGAGUAUGACCUGGUGCUGCUGUUUAACUCUGAGGAGGACCGGGGCACCUUUGUUCAGCAUCUGCAGGGCUUCUGUGUGCAGUGGACUCUGGGCCUUGACGUGACUGAGUUGGAAGAGAAUGAGCUGUUCAGGAGGGCUGUGACCAAGCAGCAGCGGGCCCGUAUCCUGGAGAUCUUCUUCAGGAACCUCUUUGCCCAGGUGCUGGACAUCGACAAGGCAGAUGCAGGCACCCUGCCCCUGGACUCAUCACAGAAGGUGCGGGAGGCCCUGACUUGUGAGCUGAGCAGAGCUGAGUUUGCCGAGUCCCUGGGCCUCAAGCCCCAGGACAUGUUUGUAGAGUACAUGUUCUCUCUUGCUGACAAAGAUGGCAAUGGCUACCUGUCCUUCCGGGAGUUUCUGGACAUCCUGGUGGUCUUCAUGAAAGGCUCCCCAGAGGACAAGUCCCACCUGAUGUUCACCAUGUAUGACCUUGAUGCAAAUGGCUUCCUCUCCAAGGAUGAAUUCUUCACCAUGAUGCGGUCCUUCAUCGAGAUCUCCAACAACUGCCUGUCCAAGGCCCAGCUGACUGAGGUGGUGGAGUCCAUGUACCGGGAGUCGGGCUUCCAGGAUAAGGAGGAGCUGACGUGGGAGGAUUUCCACUUCAUGCUGCGGGACCAUGACAGCGAGCUCCAACGCACUCAGCUCUGUGUCAGAGGUGGAGGUGAAAGUACAAAUGGUGUUGGAGACAUCUUUAAACCAAACAUCAGCUGUCGAGUCUCAUUCAUCACUCGGACUCCUGGGGAACGAUCCUGCUCUCAGGAACUAGGGCUCCCUGCCUCAGAAGCCCCAGAGCUGGGAGGUCCGGUGCUGAAGAAGAGGUUUGGCAAAAAGACAGUGGUGCCCCCUCCCCGGCUGUACACGGAGGCACUGAAGGAGAAGAUGCAGCGGGGCCCCCUGGCCCAGAAGCUGCGACAGUACAAGCGCUUUGUGGAGAACUACCUGCGGCACAUCAUGUGCGUGGCGGUCUUCUCUGCCAUCUGUGCUGGCCUGUUUGCAGAGCGUGCCUACUAUUAUGCCUUUGCCUCACCACCCUCGGGCAUCGCACAGACCACCUUUGUGGGCAUCAUCCUGUCCCGGGGCACGGCCGCCAGCAUCUCCUUCAUGUUCUCCUACAUCCUGCUCACCAUGUGCCGCAACCUCAUCACCUUCCUGCGCGAGACCUUCCUCAACCGCUACAUACCCUUUGACGCCGCCGUGGACUUCCAUCGCUGGAUCGCCAUGGCUGCCGUUGUCCUAGCCAUUUUGCACAGUGCUGGCCAUGCAGUCAAUGUCUUCAUCUUCUCAGUCAGCCCCCUCAGCCUGCUGGCCUGUGUCUUUCCCAACGUCUUUGUGAAUGAUGGGUCCCAGCUUCCCCAAAAGUUCUACUGGUGGUUCUUCGAGACAGUCCCAGGCAUGACAGGGGUGCUCCUGCUCGUGGUCCUGGCCAUCAUGUAUGUGUUCGCCUCCCACCACUUCCGGCGCCGUAGCUUCCGGGGCUUCUGGCUGACCCACCACCUCUACAUCCUGCUCUAUGUGUUGCUCAUCAUCCACGGCAGCUUCGGCCUGAUCCAGCUGCCCCGUUUCCACAUCUACUUCCUGGUCCCAGCACUAAUCUAUGGGGGGGACAAGCUGGUGAGCCUGAGCCGGAAGAAGGUGGAGAUCAGCGUGGUGAAGGCGGAGCUGCUGCCUUCAGGAGUGACUCACCUGCAAUUCCAACGGCCCCAAGGCUUUGAGUACAAGUCAGGACAGUGGGUGCGGAUUGCCUGUCUGACUCUGGGGACCAACGAGUACCACCCAUUUACACUGACUUCUGCGCCCCAUGAGGACACGCUCAGCCUUCACAUCCGGGCAGCAGGGCCCUGGACCACUCGCCUCAGGGAGAUCUACUCACCUCCAAUGGGCGACGGCUGUUCCAGAUACCCAAAGCUGUACCUCGAUGGGCCAUUUGGAGAGGGCCACCAGGAGUGGCAUAAAUUUGAGGUGUCCGUGCUGGUGGGAGGGGGCAUUGGGGUCACCCCCUUUGCCUCAAUCCUCAAAGAUCUGGUCUUCAAGUCAUCGUUGGGCAGCCAAAUGCUCUGUAAAAAGAUCUACUUCAUCUGGGUGACACGGACCCAGCGGCAGUUUGAGUGGCUGGCUGACAUCAUCCGGGAGGUGGAGGAGAAUGACUGCCAGGACCUGGUGUCCGUGCACAUCUACAUCACCCAGCUGGCUGAGAAGUUUGACCUCAGGACCACCAUGCUGUACAUCUGUGAGCGACACUUCCAGAAGGUGCUGAACCGGAGUCUGUUCACAGGCCUGCGUUCCAUCACACACUUUGGCCGCCCCCCCUUCGAGCUCUUCUUCAAAUCCCUGCAGGAGGUCCACCCACAGGUACGGAAGAUUGGAGUGUUCAGCUGUGGCCCUCCAGGAAUGACCAAGAAUGUAGAGAAGGCCUGUCAGCUCAUCAACAGGCAGGACCAGGCCCACUUCAUGCAUCACUAUGAGAACUUCUGAGAACCUCUUAGAACUUCCUGGUUCCUGUUUCCCCCUCUG